UACUUUUUUUUUGUUUUGAAAUAACUUGUUGGAAUAUUGGCGAUAUAAAAUACAAUUUUUAAAAUGCCGCGCUCACAUAAUACUCGCAAACAUUGUCUAGCAAUGACGGGCGGAUUACUAGUUGUUUCUGUGCUGACGCUGUGCUUCUUUGGCUCAACAGUUUUCUCUGGGAAAGUGACUGAUCCGGGCACUGAUCAGAGUACUUUAGAAUUAUUACAUGUGGUUUUCCGACAUGGACCACGUACACCGGCGGACACAUACCCAAACGAUCCACAUGUAAAUGAAACUUUUUACCCCUACGGCUGGGGACACGUAACGAACAAUGGAAAACGUGAACUGUUCAACAUUGGAAGUUGGUUGCGUAAACGCUAUAGUAGUUUCCUGGGACCAUUCUAUCAUCCUGAUAUGGUCCACGCUCAAGCGACAGGCGUAACACGUACACACAUGACAAUGCAAACUGUUUUGGCUAGCUUUUUCCCACCCAAAAACACACCAAUGGAAUGGAAUACCAAAUAUAAUUGGCAACCUAUACCAGUAUUUUCUCAACCUCUCGAUGAAGAUACACUGCUGUUGGUGCGCACUUCUUGUCCACGUUAUUUCGAAGCUGUUCAUGAGGUUUUGGAAUUGCCAGAAGUAAAAGCUGAAAUUGAACCUUAUUUAGAUAUGUAUAAAGAGUUGGCUGAAUUGACUGGCAUGAAAUUUAGUGAACCUGAAGAUGUGCAAUCGCUUUACUUGACUUUAUUAGCCGAGCAAGAAUUUGGUUUAGAGCUGCCUGAAUGGACCAAACAGUAUUUCCCAGAAAAGUUGCAAUUCUUAGCCGAACAAAGUUAUAUAUAUAAUGUUUACACACCAGAAAUGCAAAAAAUUAAAGCUGGCCCAUUUUUAAAAAAAAUGUUAGAUGAGAUGAAGAAUAAGCGUGAUAAUAAAUUAAAACCUGACAAACGUAAGUUAUUCAUCUACACUGGCCAUGAUACAACAGUUGUAAAUAUAUUAUCUGGACUCAAAAUUUGGGAAAGGCAAUUACCACGUUAUUCUGUAAUGGCAAUAUUCGAAUUACAUAAGGAUAAAGAAACUGGUGAAUAUUACGUGGAGAUAUAUUUCCGCAAUAAUCCAAAAGCUCCGGCACAGAAACUGACCAUUCCUGGUUGUGAAUUCAAAUGUCCUUUGGACAAGCUUAUUAAAUUAUCAGAAGAAGUUGUGCCAACUGAAAAGGAUGCCAAUAGAUGUGACUCGAAAAAUGAGGACUUUACGGAACCACCAUUACGUGGACCAUAAAUACAAUUUGACUUUAGCUUAUGUGCAAAUAAAAUUAGUUUUAGUUUUUAAUGUAUAAAGAGUUCAAUGUAAAUAAAGAAUAUCUUUUUACGAAUAUUGAUAA